AUGGCUACAAAUGAUCGUCAAUAUUUCAUCACCAUCCAUUCUAUUAUUCAUAAUCAAUUAUCAGCUCCACAAUUUAAAAAUCUCAUCAAGAGUGGAUUUAUACCAGCUCCAAUAAUAAAUGAAAUAAUUGGACAAAUUGAAAAACCAACAGAUCCGGUCAAAUGUAGUAUUUUUCAUCAACAAAUCGCUUAUUUAUCUCAUACGAUAUCUGAACAUGGUGUUAAGCGAACCAAUGAAAAAAUUCAAGCAAUUUUUAAAUUACGACAACCUACUAAAUUAGCUGAAGCAAAUAAAUUUCUCGGUGCUCUUUCGUGGUAUCAUGAUAAUUAUCCUGUUAUAUUAACAACGGAUGCAUCAGAAAUUGGUAUUGGUGAUAUAUUACAACAAAAUAUUAAUGGUGAAAUAAAAAAUUUAUAUUAUCAUUCUCAAGUUACAUCUUCUACUCAACGACAAUAUGAUCCUAUCGAAUUAGAAGCAUUAACCAUAUGGUUAUGCUUUCAACGAAUGCGAUCUUAUCUACCUGGUAGAUCUAUUAUAAUUUAUACUGAUCAUUGUCCUUUAUGCAAAAUGAUGAACUCAUCGGUGAAAAAUCGAUAA